CGGACUUUAUCUUCGGCAUAUCACAGCUUUGAGAAAUUUGGGAAGGCGAUUCUGAGCAAAACGAAUAACAAGACUGGACUUUUACAGGAUGGAGAAUGCACCGAUAGAUGGGUUGGAGGCGCUGGAGAAGCACCUGAAGGUCCUCGUUGAGAAACCCGACACCCCGUUUGAUGCGAAGCUGUUUGAUGAUGUUGAGCUUCAACUUACGCCAACCAACACUCCACCGCUCCUGAACCGCCUCCUCCCCGAUCUCACCGCAACCCUCACCCUCACCCCCCACGACCCCACCCCCGUCGCCUCCCUCGCCUCAAAACUCCUCGCCCCCCUCAACUUCACCACGCUUCUCACCAUCGCCCCCCCACCCUCUUUAACACUUGCCCUCUCUUCUUCCCCCCCAUCCGGACUCCUCGCCCUUGCCAUCCUCGAGAAAGCCGCCUCAUCCCCCUCCAACGUCGCCCUCCUCGCCACCCACCCCGACUUAAUCGCACAACUUAUACGAACCUGGCUAGCCAGUCCCGCCGUCGGGGUCGGUGAGUGCGCGACGCAGCUUCUCGCCGCACUCCUGGCGACGGACUGCCCCGAGCCACCUCUCCGACGCGAUGAUGGGGUGAUCACGUUUCCUCCACCUUCGAAGGCGGGGCAGGGACAGGGCCUGCUCUGGCGCCGCAUUUUCGGAGUCAAGGAUAUCUACGCUUCAAUAUUCGCGAUGUGCAGCGCUGCUACCCCGGAGAAUGAUGCGGAUUACCUCCCUGAGCGUCAACGGUCGCUUGCACAGGGGCGGCUUCUGCGCCUGCUCCCGUCCUUGGCUGUGCUGGAUCUGAGCACGCUCUCGCGCGCGCACUUUCCAGAUGCCGAGAGAAGCUACGGCACGUCGGGGAAGGGGUUGCUGCAUUUUGCUGCGCUUGAGAUGGUGGAUCGGGAGGAUGUGCUGAUGCAUGUCACGCUGCUUGAGUUUUUUGGAGAGCUAGUGAGGGAAGUGAGUGGUGUUGUGCUUGGGAGAGAAGAGGAAGCGUGGUUGAGGGGUUUGGUGGAGGAAGCGGGAGUGAGUGAUCAGAUGGUGGGAGGGGUAUUGGAGGCGAUUGUUGGAGAGGAGGGAGUGACUGGGGAGUUGGUGGAGUUGUUGAGACGGCUGGGAAUUAGGGGCGCUGGGGAGACAUGAGGGCGGAGAGCUGUUGCUAAGUGGCUGCGGCUGUGAGUGGAUUUUCAUAUAACCCUCGCCGUGCAUGUGAUACGACUGGGUUGGAUGCUAAAUUAUGUCACCGCAAUGAUAAGCAAGACUAGGGGAAAAGAAAAAAAAUAUCAUCAUAUCCUCCAUACCACACUCCACGUAUCGCGAGCACAAUCCCAU